UGCGUCAUUCCAACGAUGGGUCUUUUGUGUCAUAACACGUUUGCUAUUUAUUACUGCGAAGGCUCCCCUUUAUAGCUCUUGAUGGGCAUUCUCUCCUGUGCUACUCGUUUGAUCUCGUAUGAGCGCUUUAUUCACCGCAAGAUUGAGCUCUUUCUAUUUAAACCUAUCUCAAUGUUCUUCAUCAUGCCAUUACCCCUUUCUUGACGUUUCUCUUGUUGUUCACCCACGCCCCAAUGUCCCCUUCUAUUCUCGUCAUAUUCGGCCCCUAGGUUACGUUGCUCAUGUAACAGCAAUUCAAAUUGUUUAUGCGCUUUCACCCUUGCCUUUUUUCGUCUUUCCUCAUGUCUCCUAUACUCUUCGGGCAGGCAUUCUUGCGAAAAGUUCAUCUCUCAUGUCUUUCUCAUGAAGCAAUCAAGUCCAAUCGUAUUCCGCUAUGAGGAUUCUACGUCAUGCUUUUUGCUAGACAGAUGGCCUGUACAACACCCUUGUUUGCCCUCCUGUUUCUUCGAUUUAGGUUUCAUGGAAGAUCAAUUUUCCCACUC